UUUGUUUUGAAAAGUGGUCAAUCGGGUGGUCGUCAGAAGCAGCGGUGUCUCGCUUCACGCCACCGCGGCCCCUUCGCUUUGGCUGCAGUGAUGAUGAGAUCCACACAACAAACACAGCGCAGGCAGUUUCGUGAAUGCGCGUAGAGCACUUUAAACGCACAGCUUUCUAAACAACGCCUUAAACAUUUGUUGCCGUUUGUUUUCUAUCUACCCAUGUGAAAAUCGACCCUGGUAAGUCGCGUAUGUUAGUCUAUGAAAGAGAAAAAAGGAGAGAUAAAAUAAAGAGAGAGAGGUAGGCCACUACUUUGACACACUGUGGGGAUAACGUUAACACAUAUUUACAUCACAUCUAUAUUGUGUAUAUGUUGGUGUAUCUCAUAUCUGUGAAUAUCCUCGCAUCGAAACAAUGUCACCUGGAAACACGAAUGCAGCAGGCACAAGUUAAGGAGAUCAUACCGGAAUACUAAGCCAGGACGAAGUGAAACACAGUAGGGCUGCCCAGAAAGGUCACAACCAUGUUGGAGGAAGACAUGGAAGUGGCCAUCAAGGUGGUGGUGGUGGGGAACGGAGCAGUCGGGAAGUCAAGUAUGAUUCAGCGAUACUGCAAAGGCAUCUUCACUAAGGACUACAAGAAGACCAUUGGGGUUGAUUUUCUGGAACGACAGAUAAUAGUUAAUGGUGAAGAUGUGAGAUUGAUGCUGUGGGACACUGCUGGACAGGAGGAGUUUGAUGCAAUAACCAAGGCUUAUUACAGAGGAGCUCAGGCCUGUGUCCUGGUGUUCUCAACUACAGACAGGGAAUCAUUUGAGGCCAUCAGCAGCUGGCGAGAGAAAGUCGAGAUGGAGGUUGGGGACAUUCCUACAGUCCUGGUGCAAAACAAAAUUGAUCUGCUCGAUGACACGGUUAUCAAAAAUGAAGAGGCUGAAGGUCUUGCCAAGAGGCUGAAGUUGAGAUUUUAUCGGACAUCAGUGAAAGAAGAUCUUAACGUUAAUGAAGUUUUUAAGUAUCUAGCUGACAAAUAUCUGCAACGACUCAAGCAAAAAACAGCUGAGGAGACAGAGGUGAUCCAUACAUCCAGCAAUAAAAUAGGUGUUUUCAACACUACCGGUGGUGGCCACUUGAAUCAUUCCAGUGAUCUCAACGGCCGUGAGGUCGUAAACCUGCGACCGAACAAACAGAGGACCAAGAAGACAAAACAUCCUUUCGGUAGCUGCCGAUUGCUUUAAAAAGAUUUUCGGUACGACUCCACUGCCUGGCUUGAAUUGAUGAACACUAAUUCAUGUAUAAAAAUUCACUCUUAACGUCCAAAGCAGAUCUGUCUGUGUUCUGUGGUCACAUCUGUCGAUUUCAUACUGUACGUGUCAUCGACUGCAGUUGACUCUCUUGUCUUAUCAUCUCACUUGAAAAGGCUGAAGAUUUAGGAUGUACAGCCCUCUGGUGGCAAAAUUAGAUGUUAACUUCUCCAUUUCACCAAAUAGAAUAGCCAUAGUUGAAUUAAACAGGUAGUCUGACUCAAACUCACACGCUUAGAUUAGUUGUUACGCCUCUGGUCCUGCUCAACAAAUAAAUGACGUUUAAUUUUGGUGCAAGAAUUAAGCAGGCAGACUGAAAGAGAUUUCCUGGUAUAUUAUUAAGUAGGUGUUUGACUAUUAAAAGUGAAUUUAACCGAACCUAUUUUUAUACAAAAAACUAAAAUGUUACACCUGUUUGGUCACUCCCUAUCCUCGCAUUUAAACAACUCAAUAUUUAAAGUGAUGGUAUAUUUUCACAGUCAUAUAUUUUGUACGUUUCUAAGAUGCGCAUUGUGUCAUGUGGUUCACAGCAGGGUAAUGUUCAAAUUUUACACAGAUUACUUACAAAAGAAAGGCGAUUUACAUGACACACCAUUUGUGCAUUUCGACUGUUCAUUGUGCAGUACGUUUGAAUUGAUGGAGAUCCACAAUCUUUCAGUGAUAUUUAAUUGCUGUACCUUGAACAUCUUCACAAAUUUCAAUCUUUGUUCUUUUAGGUAUUUUCUAUACAAAUGUAGGAGAGUAAUAAUUUGCUUGAAUUCAUUACAUUAACACAGUGCCAAAAUGUUUCUAAACUCGAAAGUGUAAAUAGUGUUAGUAUAUCGUUGUCAGAUUUCUGAAAUAGUUUAACUGAAAUGGACAUCUUUGAAAAUGCAUUACAUAAACUCAUUUGAAACUUUUCUUAUUUUAAGACAAUACCAAAUGUAAACGAUAGAAAUUAAGGAGACGUUUGCAUCGGUCUGUCCAAUAUAUUUUCAUAAACAAACUGUUGUGUUGCUUACAUGUCAAAUAUAAUUUCAGACACAAGCUUAUUGCAUAUGUUAUAUUAGAUAAACAACUGGAAUUUAUUUAUUCUUAAUGUUUGGAAAGUAAAUACACAAACUUGCAUUACUUUCCACUUUCAAUAAGCACAGUUAAAAACACUAAAUAUUCCAAAAUUCACAUGCUGUAAGAGUAAUCUUGUGUUUAUUGCACUGAAACGAACUAAACUAGCCGUUCUCAGCCUUAACCACUAAAGCCAUUAAAAACAAACAAACAAAAGUUAACAUUAUAAGAAAAAAGUUAAUAUUCAGGUGGUUAUUGAAAAUAUUAAAUUAUGUGCUAAUACACUAUCUGUAUACACUAUCAAAGAAAUAAUAAUCAUAACUUCUUUAUAUAUAAAUGAACUGCAGUACGUAUGGUGCUUGUAAGGAGCAGUUUUCUAGGCCGGGUUUAUGUCUAGACCCCUGUCUUAACUAAAGACAUAUUUUAACAUAUAUCAGUGCCAUUGUUUUAUCUCAACAUGCAUACCAUUCAUUUUUUGUAAGGUGUUUGUAAAAACUACUCAUUGCUUAAUCUAAACCCCGCCCCUAAGUGAAUCAGCUGGUGGUACAGACAUGUCAAUCCAGAAAUGACCGUUCUUCUGGACAUAUUUUAUCUUAUAUAUAUAAUUCCAUUUGGCUUCAUCAUUGAUUGAUUGUAUUUAUACAUGAAACGCAUGCCUUGUAUCUGUUUGUAUGAAUGUGGUGUCAUGGUACUUUACCACAAUGACCUUCAUGUUUACAGCUCUCAUUUGCUUUCUUAUACAUAGUCGAUUUUCUCAUGAUCUGUUAUUUUUAUGUAGACGAUUAUGAAUUUUCACAUUUGCUGCGGAGGAAUGAUUCUAUAAUACUACAAUGAACUAAAAGCACUUUAUUAUCUGAUAUAAGUCAUUAUCAGUUUAUUGCUAUAGGGUUAUAAUCUACUGUUGUCUAAUAUCAGAACUGCUUCUACAUUUCCUCUUCUUACUGAUGUAUACUGUACAUGACUUCUAGUAAAUAUGUAAAUGGCAGCAUCAUCACAUCAGCAGCAGCAGCAGUGUCAUUUCACUUAAUGAUUAAAAGAUCUCAAGUCCUCAUCUGAUGGAUUAUUUUGUGUACCACACACUUCUAUAGGUGAUACUUUGCUGUGUUUUUGGUUGUCAAAGAGGAAAAUAAAGGAUCUAUUAUA